GACGAGACUGAACAAGAGAGAUUGGAUCCCCAACAUCAUUUAUUUCUGUUAGCUUUAAAAGGCAGAUUGUACCUCGCUCCAAUUGACAACAUCCCGUUGCACAAUGUUUUGGAUCUUGCAACGGGGUAUAUUUCAAUGUCAGCCCCACUUUUCAAGCGCCAAGGAUUCGCUUAAAACCCACUCGUCCCCCUUUUCCGUAGGCUCGCGAUGUCAACAAUUGGGUGAAAGAGGUGAUUAUACCUCAAACACCGAUACAUUGAAGGGUGAUGGAAGCGCUCAUUGUACCUAUGAUGUUGGUAUACUUGAGAGGGAUAACUCUCGAGAACCUGUUGUCCGUAUAUUGGUUAUAUGGGCGCGCAUGUAUCUUUGGUACAGAAAGAAACUGAGUGUCAGUUUCUCGCUCGUGGCCGAGACCUGUAAAUUCGAGCGUUCUUGCUACCGCAGGUGCAGCGGCACCAGCGGUGGCGAUUGGAGCUGUGAUGAAAGUUGCAAUUCCUGCCCACGCGAGAGCGUUCAUGCUGGUCCCGUAUUUGAUGUACGUGACGUCGUUCAUGUCGCUGUAAACAGAGCAGUAAGCACCCAUGACUGACAUUGGUGUUCGUUUUGCAGGGAUGGUGUAUGGUUGUGGAAGAUGUGGCUGGCUUGACGCUCUGGAGGGAAGUGGCUGUAGUUGUGGUUGGGAAAGAUAUGUGGCAGCGACCUUUGAUGUCAAGAAUCACGAAUAGAAUUUAUCUUGCAUGAACCAUCAUUCACCAUUUGCG